ACAGCUUAUUUAAAACAUGGAGUAGUGAAUGGAUAUCUGCUUCAUCUGGAGUUACUCUCACUGUUACAGGUGUUUAUGGAAAGGACAGCUGCUGGAGUGUAACUUACGUCACCCAGAGCAUCUGUGCUCUGAUUGGUUCAUCAGUGGACAUACGCGGUUACUACACCUUCCCGGAUCAGCAGCCCACCCCCCAACCUGCCUGGUACGCCAGACUCCACCCACAGGUCAAAGAGCUGAGUCAUGCUGAUGACCGAGUGGAGGUUUUCAGUCACAGAGCUAAUGUGAACACACUAAGCCUGAAACAUCUCACAGAGAGUGACUCAGCAGAAUAUCUCCUCCGAUUUAAAGCCCCCUACAUGAUACACACAGAGAGCUCUGCUGGUGUGUCUCUCUCUGUCACAGGCCUGAAGGUGAAUGUGGACUCUCCAGCAGUCCCAGGAUCAGAGGGACAGACAGUAAGACUGAGCUGCAGCUCCACCUGCACGCUGCCCAACAACCCCACCUACAUCUGGUACAGGAAUGGACAGCCUGUAUAUAACCAGAACACUAAUGGACUGUAUGUGUAUGACAGUAGUGAGGAUGCAGGCAGCUACUCCUGUGCUGUAAGAGGAUAUGAGGAGCUCCGCUCUACUGCUGUCUACCCUCCCAGAGUCCCGUCUGUUACUGACCGUGUGUCUGGUGACUCGGUGAUACUGCUGUGCUACAGUGACUCCAACCCCAUCAGAACAAGUGGACGUUUCUACUGUGUGGUGCAGAAUCAAUUUGGAUCAUCUAACUCAUCAGAAUGGUCAUUUACUUCAGGGAACCCAGCUGGGACAUACGCAGCUUCUGGAGUCACUGUGGGUUUGUUUCUGACUCUCAUUGCUGUCUGUCUAUGGAUGAGGGGGCGAACCACAGCUGUCAGCAGCAGGAGUGAGGAGACCAGCGCAAAACAUGAUUCUACUCCUGUAGAUGAUAACUUUUCAGCCUUGGACAUGCCCUCUGACCCCACAAAUCACGACGUUCACUACUCCAACAUUAAUUUCACACGCUGCCACACACAGGAAGUAUCUCUCUACUCUACUGUCCAACUAACAAUGGCUCUUAGUCAAGAAGAAGAAGUCGAGUAUGCCAGAGUGAAUUUCUCUGCCUGCAAGGACGAAACCCACAUCUACAGCACAAUCUCAAGAACAUGAGAAGAAAAUCCUCCACCAACCAUCAAUCUCCAGUCCUGCGUGAAAAUGAGAAAAGUGCCAACAGUCUUCCACCUCCUCCAAACACAUAUGAAAUUGGUACAAACUACAUUUAAAAUCUUGCUGGUGAUUUUGAUUUAUUUUAGGGAUCAGUCAGACAGGGUAUUAUUACCAACUGGACCAAGAUACACAUUAUAAAAUGUUUAUGACAUUAUUUUAUGUAUCAUUUAUUACAUUUAGCCACAGAUUGCUUACCACUGCAAGAAGGAUGGUUAGAAACUCUGCAUGUUAUAUACAUAUACAAACAUGUCAUAAACAUGUAUUUCAUGUCAUAGACAUGUAGAAUAAUAAUGAUACACCAGCCCACAGUAACAGGACAGACUUUAAUUCACUUCACUGCAUUCAAGGAUCUCGGUUCUCUUUGUAAUAUUACCACACAUGAAGAUGUUCUCUGCAGUGCAGUGACCAGUGUCCAGUGACCACUGUACAUACACAGUACUGCAUAAUUCACUGUCCAUGACAUUAUGAUGAUGUUUCCCUACCAUUGUUUCAUUCUCAUUGAUUAGUUUUUAGUACAAUAUGGUACCUUGAGAGGUGACUGGCUAGAAUGAAUGUCCUUGAAGGUUUUAAUUUUAAUUAUUUAUUCAGACAAAUAUUUUUAACACAGCAUUCCCAGGUCACAGAGUAACAUUCCCAGGUCCCAGGUCACAGAGCAGGGGGUCUAAUAGCCUUCAUUCUUGAAUCCUGUACAACAAGUGACUGUUCCACUUAUAGUUGUUGGGUAGCUGAACACUGUACUUUAAAUUCAGAACGAGAGAUCUAAAUCGUCCUUUCGCCCAGUCGGCCCUGGAAACAGAACUCAGCACAGAUGUAAUGGCACGAUCUACUCACUGGGUGGCAGCAGCGAUGUGAUAAGACCCUCAAAGCCGAUUGUGCAGAGCGUGCCCCAUAUGGAUAAGAUUUAACAUUUGCUUGUUUAUAUUACAGUACAUUUUCCAUGGCUACUCUGUAUUUGCACCGAAGGCAAAGUUACAUUAU